CCAAAAAUCGGUAAAAAUUUAAACCAUUGCAUUGUCUUGUAACUAGUUGUCAAAUGACACCACGUACUGUCAAGUGUGUCAUUUGUCAAAUAAAAGAAAAAAGAACGCCAUCAUUUAUUACCAUUGUAUUCGGUUUCAGUGACAAAAAAUUACCGAGAACAUACGAAAAGUACGCAAAAAUGAGUGAAUUAGUUUGGGGAAUCAAGAACGGUGAUAUAGACCAAGUUAAAGAUAUAAUAGAGAAUAAGAAAAUUGAUGUAAAUGCACCAAUAGAUGGGCGAGUGCCGCUUCACUAUGCAGCAGACUAUGGCCAGACAGUUGUCCUCAACUAUUUGCUUGACAAAGGCGCUGAUCCCAAUGCUUUGGAUAAACAUGGCAUAUCUGUCUUACUGGCUGCCAUAUGGGAGGGACAUACGGACUGCGUGAAGACGCUGUUGAAAAAUGGUGCAUCCAAAAACGGUAAAACCCCAGAUGGCACCCCAUAUAUCGAAGCUGCAGAGAAAGAAGAAAUCAAAGAGCUUUUGACAUAGAUUGAGUAUUAACAACAAUCAUGUAGUCAUAUUUUGCAUUCGCUCAUUUAUUUCAUAAUGCUAAGGUAAAGUCACUCUAGAAUUGAACAAUAAAUUAAACCAUUAUAUUUUUA